GAGAAGCCUCAAAGCGCCCAGGCUCUGAUUUGUCCGCACCCUGCUUUCUCGCGCUUCGGCGCGCAGAUAUGGUUUUUCUGGGUCCUCUCUGGGAUUUGUAGUCCUCCGCUUCCGAAGUGCCGUCGCUGGACACAGGCCUGGAGACUCCACUUCCCGGCAUGCGUCGGAGAGCUCACGACACAGCCACGCGUGCGCAAUCGCGGUGUUUGUUUGCGUCGGAGCAGAGGCCCGGGGUAGCAGAGGCCAGGCCCGAAAGCAAGCAGCAGGCGAGCCACUCCUUGGGCCGAGGGCUUCUGGGAGUCGGCCUCGCCGGGACGAGCUGGUGAGGGAAAGAGUGUGUGCCGUCCCCGGCGGGCCCAAGAGAGGGGAGGCCCUCCCUGGACAGCCUUCCGCCCUCGCCGUCGGGCUGAAUGGGGCUACGACGGGCUGGGCUGCGGCCGCCACUCGCCAGACGCCUCCGCCUGGCCGUCUUAAGUGAGUCCUAAAAGGCUCCCGCCCCUUUGGCGGUGCGCCCCUCAGGAAACUUCCUCAGCUGUGCCUUCGGGCGUUAGCAGGAUCGUGACCGUUCUGUGGGAGAGGGUCCGCCGCCGCCUCCCUUCAGGGAGUUCCUGAUGACUUCCAGUUCGGGCCAGGGAGGAUAAGGAGGGCGGCGCAUCCCCAGAACAGAGAGACCUCCUCUGGGUUAGACCUUCGUAGCUGCCCCCCCCCUUUAAGAGGCGUGCUGAAGAAGAUCAUGGAACUGAGAGCGAAUCUGUGCUGAGAAAACCGGUUUUCCCCGGCUGCCGGAUCCUUCCCCCUCCUCCUAAACCAAGAAACUCGGCUCAAGGACCCUGCCUUGUGGGUGUCAACAUGAACAGAUAUCUCCCAGUAGCUCGCCAACAUUUCCUGGCUGCUCUGGCCAGCACCAGCGUGGUUGUGAAAUCCCUGUGUGCCAUCGUCAUCCUUCUAUACCUUCUCUCCUUUGCUGUGGACACAGUAUUUGGACUUGGAGUGACACCUGGGUAUCUCUUCCCACCCAACUUCUGGAUCUGGACGUUGGCAACCCACAGUGUGGUGGAGAAACAUAUCUGGGACGUAGGCGUGAGCCUAGCCACUAUAGUGGUAGCAGGAAGGUUGCUAGAACCAUUAUGGGGAGCCAUGGAGCUAUUGAUCUUUUUCACAGUGGUGAAUGUUUCAGUUGGGCUCCUGGGCGCCUUUGCUUAUCUUCUCACCUAUAUGGCAUCAUUCAACCUUUCUUAUCUGUUCACUGUUCGCAUCUAUGGCAUGUUGGGCUUCCUCGGGGGAGUUUUAGUGGCUCUUAAGCAGACCAUGGGUGACAGUACUGUGUUGAAGAUACCUCAGGUACGGAUGAAGGUUGUUCCCAUGCUUUUGCUCUUGAUUUUGGCAGUUCUGAGAUUAACCACACUUAUUGAAAGUAAUAUCUUGGCUUCCUAUGGUUUUGGGGUUCUCUCCAGUUGGAUAUAUCUCCGUUUUUACCAGAGACACAGCAGAGGACGUGGUGACAUGUCAGACCACUUUGCAUUUGCCACAUUCUUUCCUGAGAUCUUACAACCAGUGGUUGGUUUAUUGGCUAAUCUUGUGCACAGCAUCUUGGUUAAAGUGAAAGUCUGUCGGAAAACAGUGAAACGUUACGAUGUCGGCGCCCCUUCAUCCAUUACUAUCAGCUUGCCUGGAACAGAUCCGCAAGAUGCUGAACGAAGGAGACAAUUGGCCCUCAAGGCUCUGAAUGAAAGGUUGAAGCGUGUGGAAGAUCAGUCAGCCUGGCCCAGCAUGGAGGAUGAUGAUGAAGAAAAUAUCAAGGGUGAUUCUCCAUUGCUACCUGAGAAGAGCCGGGACGCUCUCACUGCAGGGAAAGCAGCCAGCCAGGAAUCCAGCCUCAUUACCUUUGAGGAUGCCCCUUCUCAGUUGUGACUAUGAAAUACCUGCCCUCCUUUUCUGCCUGUCCCCAUAUGUGAGAGCUGCUAAUGAUCCUUCACCUGCCCUCUCUCAAAAGUGCUGCUUGCCCAGGGGGGAGCAAAACACUAGACUUCCUGGCCCUGAGAGGCUAACGUCCUCCCUUAGCCAUGUUUGGCUAAGACCAAACUGUUGUCACACAGACCUGGUCCUGCUCUUUAGAGGAGUGCUUGCAACUUAAAAUUUCUCAGAAUUGGCAGAGGAGAAGCAAGAUCCUGGUCUCUUCAGCUCAGUAGGAAGCACGUGUAUGAAUUAAAAAACAAAAAUGCAAAAUCAGCCCUAACUAGUAGCAGCCAUUGCUCAUGUCUGGCUCUUUUUGCAGGCAUUUCUGGUUAGCCUAUGUAGGGCCCUGUUCAGCCCAGCCUGGUGAUGUUGCUCCAGAUUUGAGCUCUAAAUGUGACACCUCGCCAAGGCAUGGCAGAGGACGCUUGGCAAAGUGAAACAGGACUUUUCUUCUUGAUUUCAUUUUAUCAUAGUGGGCAGUGGUUGUCAGAAAUAACCCCUUCUUCCUUCUAGAGUUGGUUUUGUUAUUGAUUUGAAAGAAAACAAGCUCUUUAAAAAAACACCUUUAUUGUAUUAGCCACCCUCACCUCAGCAGAUUUGGUAAUGCUGAUGAGCCCUACCAAUUAAGCUGCUGGAUUAGCCUCUUCCAGGACCAGCAGUUAAAAACCUUUUAAUAACAGUAUAACCACUUGAAUUUUGAAACUGAGGGUUUUAGAGAUGCAAAACAAUUGUCUUGCUUCUAGUAUUACAUGAGCUACGAUAUGCAAAAAUGUCAUCUGAAAUUUUCCAUAGGACUUCUAGAAGGAAUUAAUGUUUCUGUUCUUAUUAGCCUUUGCUUUUUCUGUAUUUCCCUUUGCAGUGGUUCAGAUGGCGAAGUGGCUUCUGUCUUUGGGGGUGGGGGUGUCAGUGCAUUCAGAGGUUAUUGGAUUGAACCUUUUGCUAAGUAGAAUAUGUUGCUGGUUCUGUUCUGUUUUCAAAGGUGCUUUUUUGUGGGACUUUUGACAAUUCCUCUGAUGCCUGCCUUUUCUCUUUAUUAGUUCAUUACCCUGUUUCUUUUGUCUGGGCCAAGCUUUUUAAUUUUAAACAGGCCAGCAAACCUGAAAGAUGUCUUGUCCUGAUACUCAGCCCCCAAAGGGCACCUCUCCCAGCUGGAGGACUGGGAUUGAGGAGGCAGGUAGCCAGGACAAGGAGAGAAAAUGAGACAACUUUGUGAUUUUCUUUUUUUUUUUUUAAGGACCACAUAAGAUUUUGUCAACCAGAAAAUAAAUACACCAAUUUCACUAUCAAUAAAUAGUUAUUUCCAAGAUUGCUUCUUGACUUGCUUUAUAAAUCACCCUUUCUUUGAUCAUAUAAACUCCCAAGUUUGUCAUUCCAAAGUACUGUAAUUGCAAUCAAUACAGUAAACACCAGAGGAUGUUAAAUUGCA